CGGCUUGCUCUGAAGCCUCGGCGCGUAUUGAUAGCUUUAACCAGCCAGAGUCGUAGCGCGAACGACAGACUAUGGAGACCAGAGCGUGGGUCAAGCAGCUCGUGGGCUCGGCUCUCGCAGUUCCGAAUGCUGAUGUACUCGAUUCAGUCUUGGACGGCUCCGAGUUUGAUCGGUUCCUGAACGACGGAACACAGCAGUUACUGUUGAUUGCGUUCGAUGAAAAGGUCUUUCUUGAUGAGAAUAGGAAUGCUCGGUUGCUCUCCGAUCUGGACUCGAUACCAAGCGCAGCCGCUCGAUGCGUGGCAUUAGGCAGGACGCAGCCUGUCGCACUGACCCCGGAGAACAUAUCCGACAUAUUACAAGUUACCGGUCUCUCUGAUUCACCCACAAACGCCUUGUACCGGUCUAUCCACGCCAUCUUUGCGCCCAUCUUUCUCAAUUCCCGAUGGUCCAUCGACGCCAGAUUACAAAACCUGAUCAGUGAGCUCGAUUAUGGGCUCGCGAGUGCAGUUAGAAAAGGAGCGACCAACAGUGUACACGGGGCUGAUGAGUCGGAUUUCAAGCACAUACACACCCUGGAUGAUGAGUUUCUAUAUUGGGUCGACCUAGCGGCGGAUUCGACAUUGGGAAAGGCCCAAAGGUCUCGCGCCGAAUCAUUCAAACAAUUAUUGCAGCCGCUCAAGGUCGAGUUCGAUAAGAUGAGCUCCACGGCGCUCUCGGAUACGGGGGAGCUCGUGGAACAGGCGCAGGACGUGCUGGAUGAGCUAUGGCGGCAGAUGGAUCAUGCGUCAUAUAGGGAAGAUCGUAUGGUGCACCUGCUCGAGGUCACCACGGAGCAAAUUAUAUCCAAGAUUCGUGGGGAUUUGGCACAAGCGAGGGUGUUGACCAACCUCGACACAAAGGUGAAGGAUGACCUUAAAGAGUCGUUGGUGAUUCUCGGGGCGUGGAAAUCGGCGCAUUUCAAUUUGACGGGACGGCUUUGGCCGCACAACACCUCGAAUAAGUGGAACGGUCCGGCGUAUGAAAGCGAUCAACUCUCAUUAUUUAGUACGAGAUUACGAGAGAUCCAAGAUAUCCGCGGGACGCACGAACUGCUGUCACAGCUGCUAACGGACGACGAGCAGAAGGGGCUGAGGGAGGCAUUGGCCACCCUAGAGAAAGCACAUCCGCUGAAUGUCAACACAUACGCCCAAUCAGCUUGGCAGAAUGCCGUUCUAGUGUUCACGAAAGCUUUAAGUCCGGUCGAGCAUCGAGCAGCGACGGCCUUACGUGCACUGUUUGCUGGUCUGCAGGGGAGUCCAGGGCAGUUGCUACGCGAAUUUCAGAGAUACGCCGAUCUUCUCAAGAGGGAUACGAUCUCGAGAGAGCUUGCUUCCGAGAAAGAAUCGUUAGUUCGCCAAUUGAUCAACCAAUUGCAAGGUGUUGAGGCAUCGUUCAAAGAAAGGCAGAUAAAUGCGAAGGAGCCGAAAGGCAGAAAUGUUCCCAACUUUCUAAGGCGGCUAACGUGGACUAGGCAAGCGAUCAUCAAGAUCGAGGAGCAUACGGCCUUCAUGGAAGAAGGCAUUGACGGGCGAUCAGCCUAUAGAGAUGCGUCACAGUCUUUGCAUGAUAGCUUGCGCAAAUACGAACAGGAGCUGUUCGCGGACUGGUUGGCCGACGUCGAGGUUGCCAUGUCAGAUCGAGAGGGGUUUCUUGCGCCAGAUCGAGGGGGCAAGAUGAUGGAGAUCGAAGAAUCUAACGGGAAGCUGCGAGUGCACUACAGUGAUCAGACGUUGACACUGAUAAAAGAGGUUCGACAGCUACUGUCGAUGGGAUUCGCCGUACCCACGCAGGUUCAGCAGAUUGCGGAGAACGCCCAGAAGUAUUACAGACAUGGCGUCGUUCUCAAACAAGUGGCACAGUUUUACAACACGAUCGAACAGCAGAUGCUGCCUUCACAACAAGCCAUGUUGCUGGAUUCGGCUCUUGCUUUCGAAAGGUUAAUCAAGAGCCCGACCGGGGAUGCUGGUGCUGUCAUCAGCGAACGAAAAGGCUCGUGGAAUCCACCAAGCCAGCUCGAAGGCUACAUCACUCAGAUCCAGCUGGCGGCCGACAAAUUGACUUUGAUGAAUCGUAGAUUACGGAAACUUCAUUCGGCUGUGUGCGACCAAGUCAUAGGGCUGAUGGGAGUCGACCUGGUCAGAGGACAAUCGAAGUGGAAAGACGCUUUAAGCAACAUCCGAACUAUGAUCGCAUCUGUUCAGGAGCAUGGGAUUCGCAUGCAGGACACUUUGACAUGGCGGAACCAUUGGGACUAUCAACUAUACAAGGCCUUGGAGUAUCAAUACAAAGUUGGUUUGGAGAACUUGCACGUCUACCUCCCCGAAAUCAAAAUCGACUUGCAGUACAAACAAGCACGCAUGCAGUUCCGUCCGCCAUUUGAAGACGUACGAGCGAAGUAUUACAGGGAGAUGAAGAAGUUUAUCAAUGUCCCUGCCACAUUCAAAGGCCUCAGUGACAAUCAGAUCUUCAAACACAUGAUUGAUUCCAAUGCGUCCGCCCUGGUAUCCGUCUAUCAGAGGGCGGACAAGUUGUUCGAAAAUCUCGCCAAGGUAGAGGACAUCUUCAAGGAUUGGGUCAUUCUGGGAACCGUCGAUCUCGAUCAGUUUGUCGAAGAUGUUCUGCUGGAUGUUCCCGAUUACGAGGAGAACUUUCGCGUGAUCAAGCUGAAAGGAAAAGAGUCGGAGGUCUUGCCGACAGAGGUGAAGGUUGACUGUAUCACCAUCUCGACUUUGCCGAUCAAGUCCGCUAUUGAUGACCAUCUCCAACGGAUGUUUGACGCUAUGGUUAGCGGGCUGAGGAAGGCUGUUCUUCGGCAUAUGGCAGUCAUCGACGAAUUCACCACGAAAGGUUCCGAGACGCUGAGUCAAAGGCCACAGACACUGGCGGAAAUAGGGCAAGCUAACACUCGCCAUGAAGAAUUGGCAGCCUCUCAGGCAGAGAUCCGGAGCAAUUUUGAGUCGGCAGACGCUAAAAACCGACUUCUCAAGGCCGUGUCAGGUUCCGGAAUCGAUGUCUCGGGAAUACAAGCUCGCUGGAACAAGUUGGAGAUCAUGCUCGAGUCUCAUGACAUCAUGAUCAAAGAGCAAGUCGACCUUCUGCGCACGCAAAUAGAUGGAAGAUGCCAAGCGUUCGUCACAGAUGUGACCAAAUUCACGCAAAGAUGGCAGCAGCUGAAGCCAAGCUUUACCGAUGCGUCCGCCUUCGACACGGCGCCUCAAAAUUUGGCAUUCGUGAAAGAUAGGAGCACGGAACUUGCGGAAAUGCAAAAGACCGCUGAGAAAAUCAAAAGCGAUUCUGCUCACUUUGGGGUUGAGGCGCCCGAAUUCCCAGAACUCGAAGUCCUUGUGACUGACAUUCAUGCCACAGAGCAGAUGUGGCAGACGUACACCAACUACGUUGGCGAGAUGGAUGUAUUGCGGAAAGAGGAUUGGAUAGGCUUCCGGAAUAAGAUCCACACUUUCGAGGAUACCUUGGUGAAAUGGAUCGAAUUCUUCAAAGGAAAGCCAGGGAACCCCGUCUCAGCUCAAAUCUUACGGGAUGUCGAUAAGCAUCGCGAGACCAUCCCGGUUCUCAAAUUCUUGCGCGGUGAUUCGUGGACCACUGAGCACUGGGCAGAACUAUUCCGCAUGCUUGCCCUGCCCAGGGGAACGACGUUAUCAGAAUUGACUUUUGGGCACAUUCUCGCGGCUCAAGGCAUGGUGCUUGAGAAGAUUAACGAGAUCAAAGAACUGAAUAGCCGGGCACAAGGGGAGAUCUCCAUUCGCGAAGCAAUUCAGGAGCUGGAUAUGUGGGGUGCAAGCGCGAGUUUCUCACUUACGGACUAUCAGGAUGUGAAAGGAAACAAUGUGCAGUUGAUCAAGGACUGGAAGGACUUGCUAACGCAAGUCGGUGACAAUCAGUCUCUACUAUCCUCGCUAAAAGAUUCACCAUAUUACAAGGCUUUCGCUGACCGGGCUAUUCUGUGGGAGAAGAAGCUCUUUCAGCUGGAGGCCAAUCUCUCAAAUUUGAACUCCGUGCAACGCCGUUGGGUCUAUCUUGAGCCAAUCUUCAAUCGAGGAUCUCUUCCGAAUGAACAGCAACGAUUCGAGAGGAUUGACGCAGAGUUUCGAGCAAUUAUGGUCAAUGUGGCUCGUGACUCUAGGGUCGUGUCCUUGUUGUCUCACAUGAGCGGAAACGACGUCCUCAGCACGCUGGUCGACCAACUGGACAGGUGCCAGAAAGCUCUCAAUGAGUUCCUUGAGCAGAAGCGGGAGAAGUUUCCUCGCUUUUACUUUAUCGGGGACGAGGAUUUGUUGGAGAUCUUAGGGCAAGCGAAGAACCCUAUUGUGAUCCAGGCACACCUGAAAAAGUUGUUUGCUGGCGUCCAUUCAGUACAAUUUGACGAGGACAUCCGGAACAUUGUCGCCAUGAAAAGCAUCGAUGGAGAAACAGUGAUGCUGCGUACACCGGUCAAAAUUACCGAUGACGUCGAAAUUUGGUUAGAGGACUUUGCGAAAGAGAUGAAAGUCACACUGAAGCAUCUAUUGAAGCAAUGCGUGUCGAUCACCGACCUGUUCAAGUAUCCAUUGCAGAUCUUGUCGUUGACGGAACACUUGCAUUUCACGGCGAACGUUGAGACGGCGAUCGCGAACGGCGGGAGCUUUACACAGCUGGCACACGAUCUCCGUCAACAUUUGAAUGAGUAUACAACAUUUGAUCCUGCAUCGGUAGAGAACGUCGCAGACCGCAACGUGGCAGAGCUGAAGAUAAAGUCGUUGAUUCUGGAUGUCAUCCAUUUCAGCGAUAUCGUUGCGCAACUGCAGGAAGCAGGACUCAAGACCGUCUCAGACUGGACCUGGCAACGCCAACUGCGCUUUUAUUUCAAUCCAGAUGAUGAAUGUGUGAUGAAGAUGAACGAUGCGGAGUUCCUCUACACAUACGAGUACCAGGGUAUUCCUCCGAAGCUUGUACAUACGCCCCUUACUGAUAAGUGUUAUCUGACGCUAACGCAAGGCAUGGCCAGCGGCUUCGGCGGAAAUCCAUUUGGGCCUGCUGGUACAGGGAAGACAGAGUCGGUCAAGGCCUUAGGUGUUCUUUUCGGACGGCAAGUUCUUGUAUUCAACUGCGAUGAAGGCAUAGACUAUAAAAGCAUGGGAAGAAUCUUCGUCGGGCUGGUGAAAUGCGGCGCUUGGGGAUGUUUCGAUGAAUUCAACCGCCUUGAGGAAGCGGUUUUAUCGGCGGUCUCGCAGCAGAUCCAGACUAUACAGGCGGCUCUAAAGUCUAAAGCAGCAUCGGUUGAUCUCCUCGGCCGAGUCGUGAACCUGGAUCAGAAUUCCGGAAUCUUUGUGACACUCAACCCUGCAGGAAAGGGUUACGGGGGUCGUCAGAAGCUACCCGACAACCUGAAGCAGUUGUUCCGCUCUAUUGCCAUGACACACCCCGACAACGAGUUGAUUUCGGAGGUGAUUCUGUUCUCGGAAGGGUUUCAACGGGGCAAAGAUCUGGGAGCCAAGGUCGUGUCGGUGUUUGUUUUGUGCAAACAACUAUUGUCGCAGCAGCAGCACUAUGAUUGGGGUUUGCGUCCCCUCAAAGCCGUGUUGGGCCUCGCUGGCCGUCUGUUGCACGCAGAGAAACGUUCGGGAACAAUCGACCCCGAGCGCGAGCGUUGUGUCGUCGUCAAGGCACUCAGGGUCAAUACUCUCUCCAAAUUGACGUUCGCGGACAGCCUGCGCUUUGAAGGCGUAAUGAGUGACAUCUUUCCGGACGUCAACAUAGAAGAAGUAGACUACCGCGAUCUGGCUGUUGCUGUGAAGGCGGCUUAUGCCGAGUUGAACUUGAUCUACAUAGAGUCACAAGCGGAGAAAAUCUAUCAAUUCUAUCAAGCAUGCAAGCAAAGGAUGGGAGUUGUCUUGGUAGGCCCUUCGGGAUCGGGCAAAAGUACCUUGUGGCGGGUUUUACGGUUGGCAUGGCAGAAGGUCGGCCAAUCACUCCGCUACCACGUGUUCAAUCCCAAAGCUAUUGAGCGGAACCGGCUUCUUGGCCACAUGGACAUGGAUACACGUGAAUGGUUUGAUGGUGUCCUGACGUCCGCCUCUCGCCAAGCGGUGAAGGAGCCUACGAAUGUGCACACUUGGGUCAUAUCGGACGGAGACAUUGAUCCCGAAUGGGUCGAAUCAUUGAACUCCGUGUUGGACGACAAUCGAUUGUUGACGAUGCCGAGCGGCGAGCGGAUCCAGUUUGGACCGAACGUGAAUUUCAUUUUUGAAACCCACAAUCUCACAUUUGCGUCCCCGGCCACCGUCAGUCGAAUGGGUAUGAUCUAUCUUUCCGAUGAAACACUGGAUAUCAGGGCCCUGGUUCAGGGAUGGAUUCUGAAGCAGCAUGAGGAUGCCCGCGCACAGCUGUCUCAGUGGGUCGAUGCGUACUUCUAUCGGAGUAUCGAUUGGGUUCUUUCCAAUGCCAAGCUGGUCACCGACACAAGCAAAGUCGGACUAGUUAUGAACGGACUUUCGCAGCUUGGGAGCACUCGCACACACAUACAAUUCCUUUAUAGCCUGAUUCGAGGGCUAGGGGCAAACGUUCAGAUCGAAGAUCGUUUGAAAUUUGCUAACGAGCUUCUCCGGUGGGCCAACGAAGAGUCACAAGAUCCAAAACGCACUCUGGACUACUUCGUUAAUGAUAACGGGAGCCUGGAUCAGUAUUCUCUGCAGGAGCAAACGGACAUCAAGGUUGACAUCGAAGAUUUGGAAAACAUCCCGCUCGUUCUGACUCCAGACAUUCGCAAAGCUUUCGAUACUGUGAUGCCAUGGAUCGUGGAUAACCAACCUGUGCUUUUGGUCGGCCCGGAAGGUGCUGGAAAGCAUAUGUUACUCCGGCAUUGCUUCUCGUCCUUGAAAUCAACGGCCAUCGCCAUGAUCCACUGCAGUGCGCAAACCAAGUCUAGUCAUGUGCUACAGCGGCUGAAGCAAACAUGCACCGCGGCUCAGACGAGUGCCGGUAGGGUCUUGCGGCCGCGCGAUGCGGAUCGACUGAUCAUCUAUCUCAAAGAUAUCAAUCUGCCUAAACCCGACAAGUAUGCGACAGUGGAGCUGAUCCAGUUUCUUCAGCAACUUCUGACGUACCAAGGGUUUUACGACAGCAAUCUGGAGUGGAUAGGAAUUGAGCAUAUCCAGAUCGUUGCCUCGAUGAACCCUUCCGCCACAAUGGGAAGGCACGAUCUGUCAACUCGAUUCACCUCCGUCAUAAGACAGAGUUUCAUCACGUAUACCGACCGCGAUCAACUUCAAUCGGUUUAUCGGCUGUUGCUUCAGCCUGUGCUCGCCAACGCGUUCCCCGGUCAUAAAGUUUGGACAUUGCCCAGAAACGUGCAAAAGUUGGCGGCCACGAUGCUAUCCGUGUAUGACUUUUUGCGCCAACACUACACACCUGAUGUCAAGCCUCACUAUCUUUUCACUCCUCGGGAUCUGACCCGCUGGACCAUGGGGAUUCGACGUUAUGAGCUAGUGCAUUCGGAACAGGACGAACUGCUCAACAUCAUCGCUUAUGAGGCUCGCCGACUCUUCCAAGAUCGUCUUGUGGGAUCGAGCACGAAGACCAGAUUCGCUGACUCGCUCAAUGGCAUCAUCCGCAAUGAGUGGAACCACGAAGUAGAUAUUGAAAGCAAAAUCUACACCGCGGCCCUUAGCACGGCCUCUAGAAUCAAUCUCCAUGGGAGAAGGGGUCUGACAGAAGUGAGCAAACAGGACUUCAUAAAAAACAUCUUGGAUGCACUCAAGAUCUUCGAACGGGACAAUAGAGAUUUGAAUCUGUCGCUGAUUCCGGAAACCGUCGAGCAGAUUGCUCUAACGGAGUGGGCACUGGGUCAGCCUGGAGGUUCCCUCUUACUCGCGGGCCGCCCUGGGGUUGGUCGCCUGCAGGCCGUGUUGAUUGUCAAUCACAUGCUGAAACAUAAGUUCUGGUCACCAAGCGUUGGGCGUGGCUAUAGCAUGAAGGAGUUCUCCAAUGACCUGAAGCAGAUACUGCAAGCGACGGGUGUCAACGGUGAAGAGACCGUGCUGGUGAUGGAAGACCACCACCUGCAGGAUGCAAGCAUACUCGAGAGCUUGAAUAGUUUGCUCAGCGGUGGCGAAGUUCCUGGGCUGUAUGCGCAAGAUGAACUCGAUGCCGUGCUCGGCUCUCUCAAGAAUCAGCAUUCCGAGGAGGGCUAUAGAGGCAGCUUAUUCGAGUUCUUUGUCACUCGCAUAAGAAGGAAUCUUCAUGUCGUCCUCCUCAUGGACUCGGCUUCGCCAGAUUUUGUGCAACAUUGCGAAUCGAAUCCAGCGUUCUACACCAGAUCUCAAAUCGGAUGGGUGGAGACCUGGGCCCCCAGGAGCAUGUUCGAGUUUGCUAAAGCAGGCUUUGAGCGUUCUGAUGUUCUCGCCAAACUCGCAGAUAAGGAGAAAUUGAUCAAGAUGAUCAUUCAGCUCUUUUCUGAGUAUAAAUCGAAAGGGAUCAACCCCCGGCAUUUCAGCAACUACAUGACGGUCUACGAGCAAAUCUUCCGUCAGAGACAAGCAUCAUUUGACCAUAAGAAGAAGUAUCUGUCAGGGGGUCUGAAAAAGCUCAAUGAGGCUGCCAAAUACGUCGAUAAACUUUCCGCUGAUGCGAAAAAGCGUGGGGAAGAACUGGCUGAGAAACAGCGCGAGGCAGAUGUGGCCCUGAAGCAAAUCACCGACAGUAUGGUCAACGCAUCCGAACAAAAGAAGGAGAUGGAGCAGCUGACGAUCAAGCUGAAAGAAGAAGAAGAAAAGAUGGUGAAACGAAAAGCUGCCAUUGAGCAGGAGCUUGCGGAAGUGGAGCCGCUCGUCACAGCAUCCAAGGCGGCUGUGGGCGAUAUUCGCUCGGAUAGUCUAUCCGAGAUUCGUUCGCUGAGAGCGCCUCCACCAGCCAUCCGAGACGUUCUGGAGGGUGUGUUGCGAAUGAUGGGCAUAUUGGACAUGUCGUGGAAUAGCAUGAAAUCGUUCCUCGGAAAGCGCACUGUGAAAGAAGAAAUCAUGAACUUCGACGCUCGGAGUAUCAAUAAACAGGUGCGGGUCUCCGUUGGCGAACUACUGAAGGAAAAGAGGGAUUCAUUCGAGGAAGCAACUAUUAAGCGAGUCUCAGUGGCCGCCGCCCCGCUGGCUGCUUGGGUGAAGGCAAAUCUGCAGUACUCGGCGAUUCUCGAGAAGAUUCAACCCUUGGAAACGGAUUUGAAUCGCCUAACUAAGUCAUUGGAUACUUCCCGCGAACGAGUCGACAAGUUGAGAGGCGAACUAGCAAUCGUGGAUAGCCGUGUGGCAGAGUUGAAGGCAGGAUUCUCGUCAAAGACGCGAGAUGCAGAGGUUCUCCGUGCGGGUUUGGAAAAGGCUGAGUUUACGAUCAAGGCGGCCCAGGGUCUGCUCAAGAAGCUUUCAGGCGAAGGAAAGCGAUGGGCCAUCCAAGUGCAGGAAAUCAAUGAAUCCCUCCGCACGCUAGCCAUGAACACCCUACUGGCUUCUGCAUGUGUUACGUACCUAGGAGGCGCCACGGAAGACGAACGUAGCCGAACCAUCUCCGAAUGGCAAAAGAUCGUGGAUAUUCCAAACUUCAGCUUCAAAGAAGCGAUGACCACCGAAAGCGAACAGUUGAUCUGGAAGUCUGAAGGCUUGCCAGCGGAUGUUCUCUCGGUUGAGAAUGCGGCCAUCAUCAUCAACUGCAACACUACUCCGCUGAUUGUGGAUCCAUCCGGCCAGGCAGCAGCAUGGUUGAAGACGCAUCUCGCUGAGCGGAAACCUGAAAUUGUCAACCAACAUGAUGACAACUUCAUCCGUUCUCUGGAAUUGGGGAUACGGUUCGGAAAGACGCUAGUCGUGCAAGAGGUUACCGACAUCGAGCCUUUGCUCUUUCCCCUAUUGCGAAAGGAUUUGCAGAAGCAAGGGCCUAGAUCAGUCCUGCAGAUGGGCGACAAGACCAUUGACUACAACGACGCUUUCCGAUUGUACCUUGUGACUCGUAGGGCUGACUUUGUCAUCCCCACGUACGCCGAGGGGUACAUCCAAGACAUUAACUUUACCGUCACGAGGGCCGGGUUAGCUGGACAGCUUCUCGGCGUGACGCUGAAGCACGAGAAACCCGAACUCGAGAUCGAGAAAAUGAAGCUUUUGAAGAAUGAGGAAGAGCUCAAGAUUCAGCUGGCUCGUUUGGAAGAGUCGUUACUGUCCGAACUCGCAAACUCACAGGGCAACAUUUUGGAGAACAAGACCCUGAUAGAUUCUUUGAACGAGACGCAACAGAAAAGCAGCGUCAUCGCGAAUGGUUUGCAAGAAUCGCGAAGGCUGCAGGAAGCGCUUGAUAGGGAAAGAGACAAGUUCGCGCCGCUAUCCAGCUUCGGAAGCCUGCUGUUCUUUGCCAUGGCUGAUCUCGCAAGGCUGAACAACAUGUAUCGGUUCUCGCUUUCCUCAUUCUUGCGCCUUUAUUCGCAAGCCUUGGGAGCAGAGUCCUCGGCAACUAAUGACGGCACGGAGCUGCGUGUGCAGUUAUUGAUGUCGAUACUGGAAAAGUCUUCGUACAACUACAUUUCACGUUCAAUUUUCAAAGCGGAUCGGCAUGGUUUUGCACUCCAUCUUGUGCAUUCGUUGCAUCCAGAGCUGUUCGACAAGAAUGAAUGGGAGCUUCUAACCGGCUCUAUAGUGUCGGUCGAAGAGACGCACGUGGAUGAGGUUCCAGGAUGGGUCCCUGCCGAGCGCGCUGUAGCUUGGACGCAGCUCGAGACUUCUUUGCCGUCCCUUGUGCAAAGAUUACAGAAAACCGACUCCUCGCUCUGGACAAGAUGGUUGAAGCAUCCCAAAUGCGAACUUGAGGGUCCAGUACCGAAGCUAAGCGGAAUCCAAAGAGUACUACUUGUCCAGGCGUUACGACCGGACCGGCUGUUGAGUGCAAUGACUAGUUUCUGUUGCGGUGUCAUGGGAUUACCAACCCUCGCACCAGCCGCGAUGAACCUGGCCAAAAUGUCGGGCGAAGAGUCCAUUCCGACCGAGCCGAUCCUAUUCAUCACCACUGCGGGAGCAGAUCCCUCAGACGAGCUCCGUGAACUCGCUGUGAAGGAAGUCGGGGAAAGCAAAUACCAUCAAGUCGCCAUGGGACAAGGACAAGGUGACACCGCGCUAUCGAUGCUGCGAGAUGGCAUGAGAAGCGGAGGAUGGGUCUGCCUUCAGAACGUCCACCUGGUUACCAGCUGGCUUCCCAUUUUGGAAAAGGAGAUUGCUUCGAGUAAACCACAUGAGAAGUUUAGAUUGUGGCUCACCUCAGAGGCGCACGCCAACUUCCCGAGCAGCUUGCUGCAGAAUUGCCUCAAGAUUACGGUUGAAGCUCCUCCUGGCGUGAAGAACAAUCUGCUGCGAACCUACGAGGCGUGGACUCCUGCUUUCAUCGCCGAUGGCCCCGUGCACCGAGCGCAGGCACUGUUCGGGCUAGCAUGGUUCCAUGCGGUCAUUCAGGAACGCAGGACAUACAUUCCUCAAGGAUGGAACAAAUUCUACGAGUUCUCGGCUGCCGAUCUGCGUUCAAGUGCAGAACUCAUCAGCAAAAUGUGCUCGAAUGCCAAAGCUCCGCAAUGGCAGGUUCUCCAUGGAUUGCUGGAGAACGCAAUCUACGGCGGAAAGAUCGACGAGCCUCAUGAUGCUUUGAAGCUGAGGACCUACUUGAAAGAGUACUUCAACGAUGAUGUCUUCACAAUCGCUGGCAAAGCCCCGACCAAGAGGCUGGGCAAGGGCUUGUCACUCCCAAACGUCACCGACCACACGGCAUAUCAAUCUCUCAUCGGGGAUCUUCCGGAUAUCGACGAUGUGACAUCUUUCGGUCUUCCCGGCAACAUCGACCGUAUUUUGCAACGAAACACGAGUCAGAUAGUCAUUACCCAGCUGAAGGCUUUGAGACGAGUCGACAGUCAUGGUCAACAGUUUGACAAGGAUGUUUGGACGAAAGAGCUCGGACCAUUUUUGCAGCUGUGGCGGAAGCUGCAUAGUGGACAACAGCUACUACAGAAGAAGGUCCAACAAGACCCAAAAGCUUCGCCUACGGAAUCAUUUUUUGCAUUGGAAUUGACCAAUGCAAUCACUCUGCUGCUUCGUAUCGACGCUGACUUCAGAGCGAUUACAAAAGUCAUCAAAGGCACGAUGUUACUGACGAACGACGUGAUAAGCGUCGCACAUGCAUUGAUUCGCGGCGAAACUCCUCAAAGCUGGAUCGCCAAAUGGGACGGAGGACCGGAAAUCCCUCAGCAAUUUCUCAAAGAGGCCGUGUCAAACACGAUAUCGGUGGAGAGCUCACUGCAGAAAGCCUCCACCGGCACCUUAUUUACUCAGCCUCUGAGCCUGGCCAAGCUGUUCAACCCAGUAACAUUCCUGAACGCUUUGCGACAACAUACAUCUCGCCAACUGAAGAUACCAAUGGACACUCUCAAAUUGACGACAUCGUGGGAUUCGAAACAGCUCUCCACAUCCACAGCCAUGAUCUCUGUAGAUGGCCUGUUUCUGCAAGGAGCGUCCUUCAACGGAACUCGCCUAUCGGAGGCCCACGCAGAGGAUCCUACCUUCGUUCAAGUGCCCCUGUGCAAUAUCGCGUGGGUGCCAAAAGACCGAGCCGAAGGGACGCGGGGCAUCAUCCAGACCCCAUUGUACACGAGCCCUACCAGGGAGAAACUGGUUUGCAAUGUUGGACUACCAUGUGAAACUACCGGUGCCGAGGCCUGGAUCCUCGCCGGCGUCGCUCUAUUCCUGAAGGCAGAUUGAUGUCCAUAGAUUGUAUACACUUGUACAUAUGCUGUCAUCAUACAUAAGAGACUUCUAGAUCCAGUGCA